GGGCUUAUUCGGGCACUCCGUAUGAGCCCGAUCAUUAACUAGAUCGACUUUGGUCCUUUACUCGCUUGAUAAUCAUAUAUCCAGCGCACGGGACGAAUCCCUCUAUAUAUUAGACCGUUGGGUACUUUUCCAUCCUAACCCCUCGCUUAGGAUGUAUCAUCUCUUCCUCCUUGGUGCGACUCUUGCUAUCAUCUGGCUAUUCCAGCAGAAGAACAAAAGCAAGUUACCCCUUCCCCCCGGUCCUAGUGGCUAUCCAAUCAUCGGGAAUGCUGCCGAACUCGAAGUAUCUUAUUCAUGGCUGUAUUAUCAGAAAUUAAAAGAAAAAUAUGGGGACGUUGUCUAUUUGUCCGCCAUGGGACAACCCAUGCUCAUUUUGAACUCUCGCAAAGCCAUUCAAGAUCUUGUCAUCAAUAAAGCUGCGAUAUUUGCCAAUCGUCCCAAAUUGACGAUGGCCGGCGAACUGGUUGGCUGGGAGAAAAUUAUUGGACUGACUAAUCAGGGCCAUCGGUUCACACAGAUGCGCAAGUUAGCCAACCAAUACCUAGGGAAGUCCGCCAUGCAAAACUUUCUCCCGGUAAUUGAAAAAUCAGUGCACGAGUUUUUGGGGCCAUGCUGGGCAUCGCCAGGCAGCUUUGAGAAAAUCUUCAAGUUCACCGUGUCGAAGAUUAUACUUGAGUCUCUGUAUGGGAUUACUCCUAAGUCACCUGAAGACCAGUUCGUCAAACUGUUGAGCGGCGCGGCGCAUAUUUUCGGUGAUUCGAGCCAGCCCGGAGCGUUCCUUGUCGACACAUUUCCCAUAUUAAAGCAUGUUCCAUCUUGGUUCCCAUUCGCUGGAUUCAAACGUCAAGCAAAGAUUUGGGCCAAGUCCGUUCACGACUACGUGGAAUUACCAUUCAAAACAACGGAGAGAGAUGUUCUUGAAGGAGCAAGCAACACGUCCUUUACGGCCAACAUCCUGAGGGAUAUAGGGUUAGGAGUAGAUCACGAAGAUCUCAAAUUCCUCUCAGCAGCUCUCGCGGGUGGUUCUGUGGACACUACGGCAUCUACAAUUGGGACUUUCAUCCGCGCUAUGAUCCUUAAUCCAGAGGCCCAGAAGCGGGCCCGACAAGAGAUUGAAUUUGUGAUAGGAUGUAGUAGAUUACCUACAUUUUCUGACCGAGAGAGCCUUCCAUACGUUGAAGCUAUCUUGAAAGAAACAUUACGAUGGCAGCCCAUCGUGCCAACUGCCAUCCCGUACCGAUCUUCGGAGGACGUUGAAUAUGAGGGAUACUUAAUCCCAAAGAACACAAUUGUUAUCGCGAACUCCUGGCAUAUAACGCGAGAUGAGACCCUGCAUCGUGACCCAGAAUCCUUCAUUCCUGAACGUUUCUUGGACUCUCCCACCUUCCAAUUCGCCGCUGAAGAUGGAAAGACACCACUUGAUCCUACGACAUAUGCCUUUGGGUACGGGCGAAGGAAAUGUCCUGGGAUGUACUUUGCCGAUUCGAUGCUCUGGUUCACCAUCGUUACGCUUCUCGCUACAACUCGUAUUUUGCCUGCAAAAGAUUCGAGUGGGAAGGAUAUCUUGCCGACGAUGGAAUAUACAGGAGGGAUGGUCCGGGAGAUUCUUCCAACGCCGUAUCAUCUUGAACCACUUUCUGCCAAGCAUGCGACAAUUGUAUCGGAUUUAGUCACUCCCGCCGAGUAAGAUGUAAUCCCAUGAGACGAAGUGCAUUGUUUUU